GCAGCUGUGCUUCUGGUGUCUCUCAAACACAAGACCAGCUUCACACCAUGUUUGUUCUGGGUCUGCUCACCUGUAUUGUGCUGAGAGCAUUCAGUGCUCAGGCAAAAGUGGUCGAGACCUUUGAUGAGUGUAGCAAGUUUUUCUACAAAGAAACAGAACCAGAAGGAAUGGGUCAGAAUGCCAAGAGAAUCUGUCAGAGGUUGGAGGAUGAAAAGAAAAUUUCUUCUACAUUUUUUCACCCCACUUCACACAGCUCCUUCUUUGGUGCUACUCUGUACUCGGUUCCACACCGGAUUCCCCUCUACAGCGCCUACACACUGAAACGGUCAUGCUCAGACACUACUGGAAGGACAGACAAGUGGCACUUAGAGCCACAGAUUUCUGAACCCAACUCCACAAUUGAUUAUAUGGUCCCUGAGCAUCAAAAGAAUCAAGAUACUUAUAAAGUAAAUCAAGCCAUCAGCAGUGACUACAGAGACACUGGAUAUGAUCGAGGACAACUGAACCCCAACAGCUUCCAAUGUGAUGAAGGCCGUACAGCAACAUUUACACUGACCAAUGCAGCACCUUUGGAUGCGCGUUUCAACUGUAUCCAGUGGAAGAACUGGGAGAGAACUUUAAAGAGUUUUUUGACAAAGAAGCUUGACAGUGAGGAGGCAACAGCCUACAUUGUCACGGGUACGGUGCCUGAUGCAAAUAAACGAAUACCACAGAAGGAAAUCUCUGAAGAGCCAGAAAGGGUGACGGUGCCCUCUCACAUCUGGACGGCUGUCUGCUAUAAACACAAUUCUAAUAAUAAAAACUCUUUUUCCUUUGGCUAUAUAGGAGAAAACCUGUCAAGAGGUAAAGUAAACCUGAUGAGUGUCUCACAGAUGAACAUUCGGCUCAAUCAACUCUAUGAGCUCUCAAAUAUUACGAUCUUUGUGGAUGAUUGUUUUGAAGACAAUAAUAAAUUAAACAAGGUUAAGCAAGCAUUUCAGAAAUUAAUCAGUCUCCCAGUGACCCCAAAUGUGCAGAAAACGUAUUAUGCACUCAAAACAGUCAGCACUAAUGGAGAGGAUGUCGAGGUGACUGACAUGAGUGUAAAAUUAACUUUCAACAGUUUGAGCUCUUAUUUAACUAUGUCAGAAGAGCUACAGGUUUCUGCUAAAAGAGCUUGUCUUAUAACUAAUUACAGAAAAGAAUCUAUUGAAUGCCAGUUAGUCCCAACGAAGCGCAAGAUUGCAGCUGAUGGCUCGCCCUGCUCAAGCAGCACAGGAGGUGAAACCAAGCCCUGCUGCUCUACUCCCUGUCUGUACCAGGAUGAUGUCAAGAGCUACAGGUGUUCCUCAGCCCAGGAACUGAUAGCGUGUUCACCCCUGUACUCACUCAUCACGUAUAAAGGAGAGCGAUGCAAGGAUGAUCACCCCUGCGGCAAAUACGGUGAGGACUACUACUGGUGUAACAAAAUCUCUGGCGGCUGGGAUUACUGCAGUCCUCCACUGUGGAGAAGUAAGGCUAAAAACGGGCAGUACUGCCGCAGAGACAACGCCUGCGCCAAAUAUGGUUCAGGUUCUAGGUCGUGCUACACAGAUGAUGGCACAAAACACAAGUGCUGUACUUCUGAUGACUGCUACUCCACUGUGAGUGGCAAAACCUGCAAGGCUAAUCACCCCUGUGGCAAACAUGGUGAAAAAUACCUGUGGUGCCACACUACUGAUGGCAGCUGGGAUUAUUGCUGCACAAGCUGUGGUUAGUUGGUUUAAAUGACCAUAAUUACUAAAGCAGCACUUCAAAGUUCAUUGUAAUUGUACUUGGAGUGCUUACUAACCGAGAGACUCUUCCUCUCUGUGCUUCUAUAAAUAUAUUUCAGAAAAUACAUUUUCCUAAUUAUUUUUAUGCAAAAAAACCUAACAAGCUUAAAAGCUAUAAAUCUUUUAUACAUUUGCAAAUUCAUACAUAACUACUUUCAGUAAAAACAAAUCUUUGAUAUAUAUGAGUGUGAACAGAUCCACACAAAACUUACAGAGCAAUGAUGCUCAAAAUUCAAUCUGUGUCCAUCUCCAUCCACUCACACUCAACAGAACACAGUCCAGCUGAAGCUUCACAUUUAUUUGAAUAGUGCUUUUCAUCUUGAAAAUAACUUUACAAAUAAUUAUGGCUUGACUAAUUGUGCUAAAGCAGCUUCAUAGAAAGAAAUCAUACUUUAGUGUUUAUAAUCUCUUGAAAGUUCCUGUGCUGUCGACUGGCGCUGCUGCAGUAUGUUUUAACAAUGAGACUGUUGUGCUGCCAUCAGUAACCUGUAAAGUCUUUAUUAAAUCACAAUGUCUUCUGUCACUUUACAUGUCACUUACUCAGACAAAACACCAAUAAACACAUGUCACAUAACUCUUGUGAGAGUCUUUCUUUAUACACUCAAGCAGUAUUUUCCUCAGAUAACGCAAUACUUUUUUCCUGUAAGCAAACAUCACAAUGU